AUGUAUCACCCACCGGAGCAGCCCGGCAUCAUUGAUGGCCGCCUUCUCCACGCCUGUUUCCGGGAGUCGGAGAGAUGCGAGAUGGUCAGCUUGAGCCUCGAAGGGCUCCGCAAUGCAUUGGUGGAGAGCUUCCAUGCCCACAUGACGGCACUCGCGGAGGAGAUCCGGUCUUCCGGUUCCAUCAUCCGGGGUCUCGCUGAUCGGUCCCAAGUUCAUCACCAACGAGCGCCAAUUGUGUUGCAGUAUCUUGAUGUCAUCAUCCCUUGUCUCUCCCGGUCACUGCACGAUAUCAACGGCUACAUUGAGGAUAGGACAUCUUCCAAGGAGAUUAGGUGGCGCAGGAUGUACAACAAGAUGACGGAAGAGAGCGAGCUCCGUGAGAAGCGCGGCAUUCCCAUGCCACCUGCUCCCUCCGGACCCCUCGUCAGAUCGGAAAUGGCGCUCGUCCCCAUGAUCCCUGAGCCUGAUGCGCACUGGUCGGAGCAGAUCUUUUCCCUGCCUUUACCCUCACGGACAACUUUGAAGAACCAUCGGCGAAAAUUCGACAAUGAUUCUCUCGCGCUCAUCGCCUAUCUCAACCCCGCGAACAAGGCACCAUAUCUCAUAAUGCAAACCUACCACAUGGGCUCGCAGUGGUUCUCCACCCGAGGGGUCCACGAACUUUGCAUCCAGCGCAACCAAGGCGCCGUGGAGCUGCGGCGAUGGAGUCGUUCUGAAGGGGUGGCCAAGUUAUGGGCCACCCUUCACUUCAUCACUUGGGAAGCCCUCAAAGCGCAAAACACAUUGACGCUGGAGGUUGAGCCUGAUGAGUACAUUUUGAAAAGCGAGCGGCGUCUUUUCCAAGCACAAAUCAUCGACGACGGUUACAAGCACUCGCUAAUUGUGUACGAAGACACAGCGAGCAAGGGCAUGAGGCUGCAUGCUGCGGUCUGGGAAGGCGAGCUUCAGCAAUGUCCAGUGUGGACUGCCUUCAGUGAUCACGCAUCAAUGCAACUCGCCAACCUGCCUCCAAAUUCCGAGAUCUCUUUACCCGGCGCCUUCCUCGCCGACGAGUCAUACCGAUUCGGAAACUAA